GCAUCGGGCUGUGUUUGUGUGCGUGCAAAGGGCAUACAUAUAUCCUGUGUCCCGUUUGAAUAUUUGCCGCCCGCCGUGCUCAUCCCACGGUGUGUGUGUGUGCGUACGUGCGCGUGUGUGUGAGUGAGUGAGCGCGCAAACAACGCUGAACGCUAACCUCCGACUGCCCAUUGGAACAAACGCAAGCCAGCAGCAGAUCGGCCGAUUGCUCUCCCUGCGGCCCAUUUGUACCUGUGCCGCCGAAACGGAUACGGCGCCAGGACCACGACGACGACAGCAACGACGUCCACCUUGUCGCCUUGGAAUGUUAAAUGCGGUGAGAACGAUCCGUUCAGUGUAUGUUGUUGUUGGUAGCAGUUCGAGUCGAUUGCAAGCGAGUGGAGAGCACGCAUUAACAGUGGAAGUGGAAGAAGGCGGACUAUCAUCUAACAUUAAUUUAGAUUAUGGCGAAUUUAAAUUUCCAACAACCCCCAAGAAGCAUAGCGAACGCGGCGUUAGCUGGACGGACAACGGGAGGCUUUGGUGGUAGCUCUCUGACCGGCCAUGUAACACCCACGUCUGGCAUGUUCCAAACCGACUUUGCCAACUCUUAUCCAGGUGCAGCGAGUUAUGGGCAGGCGCAGCAACAACAGCCACAGCAGCAGCCCCAGCUAUCGCCGAACCGCAAUGCCCAGCUAUCGGUUGGCGGGCCCGCCUUAUCGAGCGGCAGUCGGAACGCGAACCUUUUCGGACCGCGUCAGUUCGUGGAGCGGCGUGCCAUGCAGGGACUAGGCAGUGGACCCAUGUCGAACAUGGGAAACUUCAUGCAGACGGGUCGCGGCGGCUACGGAACGGGCGGCGGUGGGGGGCCAUUGAACAGCUUCCACGUGUUUGGAGGCAGUGGAGCUGACGUCUCCACACCUGCCCUACUCGAUCCCACGGAGUUCCCGUCGCUAACGAAUGCGCGCGGCCAGAACGACCAAACACUGCCCCAAUCGAAUCCGCUCCAGCCGCCGGGCAGCAAACCCUAUGGUAAUUUCUUUACCUCUUUUGGCAUGGUGAAGCAGCCGACGUCAGAACAAUCGGAGUUCACGAUGUCCAACGAGGACUUCCCUGCGUUACCGGGCACCCAAAACUCGGAUGGCACAACGAACGCAGUGGGGAGCAGCGGCAGCGGGGGCGUUGGCUCUGGCGGCAAUGCCACGGGCGGAGUCACAGAGAACCAUCUGGACGGCACGGAAAAGGCAAUGAACUCAAUUGUGGUCAGCGGAUCCAGCGGCACCAGUGGCACCAGCGUCGGCGUUGUAGGCGGCAAUGGUCUCGGAGCAGUCGGCAGUGGCCUAGGCGGCGUUGUGGUCGGCGGCGGUGGUGGUGGUGGCGGCAGUGCAGCCAUCGGUUCCGUCGGAAGCUCGCAUGUGGGAUUGGUGGGCAGCAGUGGUGUCAACAGCGUGACCAGUAGCAAUGCCAUGAUGGGAGUCGGUGGCGGCCUGGGCAGUGGCACCGGAAGCGGAGGCAACGGUGGCGCCAGCGGAUGCGGUGUCGGCGACCAUCUGAACGAUAAUUCCAGCAAUGAUAAACUUGUAAAGAGCGGCGUGCAAACUUCGCCGGAUGGCAAGGUCACAAACAUACCAGCAACCAUGGUGAACAAUCAGUUCGGCAUGGUGGGCCUGCUGACGUUCAUACGGGCCGCCGAAACAGAUCCCAACCUGGUAACGCUCUCUUUGGGCACGGAUCUGACGGGCCUUGGCUUGAAUCUGAAUUCACAAGAGAGCUUGCAUACAACAUUCGCUGGACCGUUCGUGGAACAGCCCUGCAGAGCACAAGACGUUGAGUUCAACGUGCCACCCGAAUAUCUGAUCAAUUUUGCGAUAAGAGAUAAGCUUACGGCGCCGGUACUGAAAAAGCUGCAAGAGGAUCUGCUCUUCUUCCUGUUCUACACAAAUAUCGGCGAUAUCAUGCAGUUAAUGGCAGCUGCAGAAUUGCAUAGUCGCGAGUGGCGGUAUCAUGUGGAGGAGAAAAUCUGGAUAACUCGAAUUCCUGGCAUUAAUCAAUAUGAAAAAAAUGGUACAAAAGAGCGCGGCACCUUCUACUACUUUGAUGCGCAAAGUUGGAAACGUUUGUCCAAGGUUUUCCAAAUAGAUGCCGAGAAAUUAGAUAAAUGUCCCAAUAUAAGUGCGUUUAUGAAUGGACAGUCUGUAUAAAAUUAAUAAAACUGAAAAAAAUU